CCGGGCGCCCACCGCCUCUCCGCCCGCCCCAUGGCUCUGCCCGGGGCGCCGGGCGCUCCCCGCCCCGCUCCGCCCGCCCGGCGCCCAGGGGCCGGCCGGCCCUGAACCGGCAUCGCCGCCGCCGCGACCAAAGGAAAGUGGCCCCCGGACUCCUCUUGUGCCACGCAAAAGACCUAAGGGAGGAGGAAGAGGAGGAGGAGGAGGAGGAGGGGGAGGAAGUAAGAAAAGGAGAAGGAAAAAGAAGAAAGGACAAGGAAGAGCUUGGACUGGAGCCGAGGGGGGUCUGGAUCACAACGGAGGGGACCCUGGGCUUCCCAGGACGCCUGCGCCCGGCUGGGACACCCCCCACCACCACCCCCCAGUGUUGGAGCUGGCGACCCCGGAGCGAGGGCCCGACACGGGGAGCAGCAUCGCUCCCCGGGGACAGCCAGCCCUGCACCUCCCUCCCCAGCAGCGGGGAGCAGGAAAGGCGUGAGCCGCUGGAUUUUAGCUUCCUGGGACAUCCGAGGGACUCUUCCUCUUCCUCCUCCUCCUCCUCCAGCUCUGCCGCAGCAGGCAGGUGAAACCCUGCCCGAGCAGGCAGCGCUCGCCUUCCCUGCUCGCCCCAUGGCCACCCCACAUCUCCCCACGGCCACCGGCUGAGCCCCCUCUGCUGCGUUCUCGCCUCCGCAUGGUGCAUCCCGACCCUGCUCCCCGCUCCGAACCGGAGCCCCCCGACCUCGCAGGGAGGCGAGCGUGCGGCCGGGACUUUCCUGGAGGCAGGGGAACGUUAAGAUGUUGAAAGCUCCCCGGCCGAGAGGGGCUGCGCGGACGCCAGGCCACCCGGCUAGGGGGGAGCAGGAUGGACAGAGCCGUUGGGGCCGGGAACCGAGGCCGGUAGGGAAGGAUGGACUCCCGGACCUGCCAGGACAGGAAGCCCAGUGACCACCCCAGCAGCAGCAGCAGCAAUUGUAGCAGCAGCAAGAGUAAUUGUGAAAGGGAAAGGAUCCGGAGUCGGAUGAAAAUGGUGAUCGGGCAACUGGAAGGCAUCUUACAGGAGCUCAAGGAGGUGGCCAAGGAGCUCCGGGAGGUGGUGAGCCAGAUCGACCGACUGACGUCCGACUUCGAGUUCGAGCUGGAGCCGGACGACUGGACGACGGCAACGGCCAGCAGUACCUCCAGCAGCGAGAAGGGGGGAGGCACCUUCGAGCUGGGACCCCUCGAUUUCGCCGCCUCCGACAUCCUCUCCGACAGCUGGGAAUUCUGCUCCUUCCUGGAUGCUUCCACCCCCUCCGACCCGGGUGACGGUCCCGAGCCCCCCCGGCCACAGCCACAGCCCCCACCGGCUCGCCAGCCCGAUUACCGGCUGAUGAACGGGGGGAUCCCCAUCACCAACGGUCCCCGGGGCGGGGGGACCCCGGAUUCAUCCAGCGAGGAAGCCUUCGGCUCGACGGCCGGCCAGAAGAUCUCGCAUCACCGGCCGGCUGGCACGCGGGAACGGGUCCGAUUCAGCGACAAGGUGCUUUACCACGCUCUGUGCUGCGAUGACGACCGGGACGGUGACAGCACGGCGUCCCGGGGGGAUGACGGUCCCGAGGAGCCCGGCCGUAAGGUGCUGGCGGGGCCACCCUCGAAGCACCCUUCCACCGGUGCUGGGGGGGGUGGGGGGGGUGGGGGGGGUGGCCCCCCGGCACGGCGGCUGACGAGGAACAGCAGCACGCAGACCGUAGCCGAUAAAAGCACCCAGACGGUGCUGCCUUAUAUCCCGGCCAAGCAGAAAAUUAAAAAUAAAAACUGACGCCGGCUCCGCCGCACGGAUUUGGGGGAGGGCGGGUGGAUAGGGGGGAUUC